GUGACGCGUUAGAUGCAGUUGGACGCCAACACCAGUGUUUGUUAGAAGGCUGGAGAUAUAUUUACAGGGUUCGAGGGACACGAAUGUCUACAGCAACAGGCAAGAGCAGUCAGCAUUGAAAGAGAUGCAGUAGGUGCGUCGCCCACCAUGGAGCCCAACAGGGGAGCGUGUCCCACACGCUAACGCCUGCCUCUGCACUAUACCCUAGUGCAGCUUCUGGAGAGUGAAAGGACUGCCCAAGGUUGACACGUGCCGCCAAAGAAGGUGAAGGGAGGAAAAAGAAGAUAGUGAAGAAGUGGAGAAAGAAAAAGACCACCCGACUAUGGGAAGCAGGGGCCAAAGCGGUGUGUUGCUUUCCCAGAGGGGCCCCAAGGAAUCCUAAACAACCUCCGGGCCCACUCAACCGCCAGGAUCCCGUUUUCCCCAGACACGGGAAAGCCACGCACAGAUGUACGUGGGGGUCUCCCUCCUGCGGCGACCCAACCGUGAGUGCAGGAGGGGGCUACUGCGGCUGCUGCCGGGCGAUGGGGGCGCCACUUUCCCGACGCCGGGGGAAGGACUUUGAAGAGUACAAAUGUCAUGGGGAUGAGUGGCAAUAACUUUGAAUACCUUGCCCUUGUACAUAGGAUCCAAAGGGUCUCGACCUGUUCGAUGCAAGUGGACUCAGGAGUGAUAAGAAGAGACUCGGGCGUCAUUAGAAUACCGGAACAACUUACGCAGGAUGACUUUUGGUACGACAUGGGAUAUGAGAAUGGAGCUCGAAAGCUCGGACAAUGUGUCAUCAUCAACUUCUCGAAGGUUGCUGGAUAUCCUGAACGAAUUGGAACCGAAAAAGACGUUGAGAGGAUACGAAUGGUCUUUGGAGGACAGCUUGGAUUUCAUGUUGAUGUGCAUGAUAACCUCAGAAAGGAGGCGAUGCUCAAAACGCUUGAAAAGUUGGCUGGCGAGGAUCACUCAAGUUCAUGCUGCCUCUGCUUGUUCCUGUUGAGCCAUGGGAAGAGUGAUGCCAUAAUCUGCUCAGACGGCCAAGAAAUUCAACUGUCCAAAGUGUAUACUAUGUUCGACCCAAGGAACUGUAAAGGUCUGGCUGCUAAACCUAAAUUGUUUUUCGUUCAGGCUUCCCGCCGUGAUGAGGUGGACAUUGGGGUCCGACAUGACGGUCCAGCUCAUACUGACGCGUGGAGCUCUACAGAAUUGCUUCCCGGAUAUGAUGAUUUCUUUGGCUUCUAUGCCACAAGCCCCGGUCAGCACGCGUACAGAGACGAAUAUCACGGAUCAUUCUUCAUUCAGACUCUCUGUGAUGUCCUGGAGAGAAGUUUCCGCUUCAAUGAUUUCCUGACCAUGAUGACACUUGUCCAGUUUUAUGUGUCAGAGAAAGAGAUUCCCUUCCUGAACCAAAUGACCAAACAGAUGCCGAACACAUGUUCUACGCUGAGGAAGAAUUUACGCUUUGCGGGCCAGGAGGUCAAGAUGGGCGACGAACUAUCAAGAACACAGCCAUGCAGAGCUGUUGUGCACAGUGAACAGCGCACACAUAGUCAGGAGCGGCCACCAAGUCCACGCAUUGAAAACAGCAGGCUGAAAGAAGAUGGCAAUUUGGAGAUAGUGUCAUCCACAGAGAUAAUAUGGCGGCCGAAUAAAGUGCAGAAAUUUUUGAUGAUCGCUGAACUCAUGGACGAUCACCACCUCUUCAGUGCGAAGUUCCUCAUGCUUGGUUACAUGUUUCAUAUGCGCCUACGUGCCAUUGAAGGAAACGAGAAGCCAUACCUAGAAGUUGCGCUCUUCCUGUGCCAAGGUCCCAACGACGAUGCCCUGACAUGGCCAUUCAAUACGGAACACGCGGUAACCCUGAAACACCCGUCAGACAACGAUUUUUACGUGGAAAGGGAAGCCGUGCUCGCGGCUGUUCACCGUUAUCAGAAACCCGAAUCUGAGUAUAAUGUAGGUACAAUCUUCAUAAAGCUAAGUCUGGAAAAGCUUAAAAAACAUGGUUUUAUACACGACGAUGCUUUGUGCCUCUCGCUCAAGUUUUAUCCUAAAGGUUACUAGUACAUUUCUGUGUCUCUCGCAAUCUUGGUGCAUAAACUCCAUGAUGAUGGGAAGACGCUGAGCCCGGGUUAAGGGGAGGGUGAAACUUUCUGUAUAGUGCUUCCGAGCUAUUGAAUCACACAAUAAAGAGUACAAGGCAAUGUUACCACACUCCUCCGACCCCAAAGCUGGACAUCGGGGUGGGGGUGUCGGGGGUGCGAAUAGAAUAUAUUCGACUUUGCCAGUUCCCGGUGCUGUGACAUUUAGAUGCCUCACAGUUUGUGUUAUAUUGUUGCCUACUCAUCGCUUGCAACGAAACCUGUGGAUUGCGUUCAUUUAAACAUUGAUGAGGACAAUGUAAAAAGUGUGCGCGGGUCUCGGGCAAGAUAUGUUUUCCAGAUUGUAUUCUGUCUCUUGUAUUUCUUUUUGUGACAUAUAGGUUUAAAGUUAUUACAUUUUGCAAUUUUUGUACUGCCGAAAGCGCACAAUAAAUACUUUGACCGGAAUGUA